AUGCCCAGAACUGCUGGGGGGAAGCGCGCUAUUUGAUUAAAAGAGGAUUUUUAGCGCAUUAACUUUAGCUCAGUCAGCCGUGGGAUGCGCACGGGUCAGCGACUCAAAUCUUUAUGGAUUAUUAUUUUUUCUGCAUCAAGUGCAAAUCACGUGAGAUGAAUGUGCAAUGACAGCGUCCCGACACCGAGCAGUCUCGCGCAGUUCUCGAGGAACGGACGCGCGCUCGCAUUCCUUCAUGUAACCCAGCACUUCAUCGCGUUUUACAGUCUUUUCUUUCUUUCUUUUUAUUUUGUCUUUUUUGGUUUGGUUUGUUUCUUGGCGAUGGCUUGGCCGUGCAUCAGCAGAGUCUGCUGCUUGGCUCGGUUCUGGAACCAGUUUGAUAAAUCUGAUUUGUCGGUUCCGUUAACCAUCCAGAACUACUCGGACAUCGCGGAACAGGAGGUCCGGUCCGUCACCAAACUCGUCUCCACGGAACAGGCGCCGAGCGUGGAGUUCACCGCGCCGGAUCACGCCGCUGGAGUCCGGCGGUCGCACCGUGGACGAACAGAACCCAGUUACAAACCCCGUGAGGACUACCAGCCCCCGGGUGUGCCUUUCCCCAGCGUCACCCAAUAUAAACAGGAUUACAAACCCUGGCCCAUCCCGAAGAAGGAUAACUUUCCCUGGAUUAGCAACGGAGGGAAAGGCGGCAGUGUGAUGGACAGCCCGGUGAACGGUUACUCUAACGGCACGAGUCAGGCGCGGGCGGACAGACAGGAGCGCAGUGGCAGACCGAGAGCCGGAGAUCAGAUGAGCUCAUACAGACAGGAGUACCAGCCGUGGUCUGGAGCACGACCGUCAAAGCCUGCCCACAAACGGCCCACUUUCCUGGGCACAGGAGGUGCCGAGCCGCCGCCAGAGACCAGCUAUCAGGCGGCCUUCAGCACAGACACACACAGACAGACGGACGGCCUGCCGGACACCAGCAGCACACACACUGACAGACAGAGGACAGACAUCAGUGGCAAACUAGAGGAGCAGAAGACCAAGCUGUCACCAAACCCAUCUGCCGUCUUUCAAAGCAAAUCCAGGAUCUUCAACAUAUGAUCCCAUAAAGCUCCAAACAUAAAGAGCCACAUUUACAUCGGAUUCAGCCUUUAAUUCACUACAAGAGGAAACCAUACAAAAAAUAAAUAAAUAAAAAAGAUGGAAUGUCUAAAGAGACACCUGAAUGUUGAGAAACUGGAGGAUAAUCAAAAGGAAAACAUGAUGAAAAGAGACGAAAGUUUGUAAAAAGCAACAUCUGUAAAACAUUCCACUGAGGAAAUCACAGAACCGGAGGAAUUUUGCUGGAAAUUUACACAAUGUAAAAUCUAUGCAAGAGAAUGUAUGCUUCAAAUGUCAACAAGAGGGAUGUGUUUGUAAUGCACUUCAAGUUCAGGAGUGAGAGAAAGAGUGUGUGUGUGACUGAAAAAAAAAAAAAAAAAAAAGUUUGCAAGCCUCAAAUUGUGCCGAGCUCGCCUCGUCCCCGUCACUGCUGAAUGAAUAUCUGCAUGUUUCGUAAUAGUUUAUGAAUCGACUGAAUAUGCACACUUAAAAAUGUUGAACAAAAAACGUAUUCUGGUAACUCAGUCUGGAUGUGUGUAUGUGUGUGUUCUGUGCAAGCCUAGUUAAUUACAUUGUUUGGUAUAUAGUGAUGUUGGUCUGCCUCUAUGGAUCUGUUAAUGUCUGCCUGAGGACGCGGGUGCUUAUUAUCACCCUUUUUCUUCCCCCAGACCCCUCUGUUCCUUUAUGAAACCCACAUGAAGACUUUAGCACAUUAAGAUUCCUUCCCUUUCAUGGAUUUAAGGACACUUCAAGUUUUUUGUAAAUCUUGUUUAGAGAUAAAUGGGGAAACUAAGGCAAAAUAUUUAAAUAAAUAUAACAUUCUUAAAAUGUGUCCACAUUAUUGAGUAAAAACAUGUUCGAGUAAUACGUAUUAUUAUUAUAUGAUAUUAUUAAUAUUAUAAAUGAUCAUAAAAGUCAAGGUGCUGCAGGUAUUAUGAGGUUUGCUGAGGGUGUAGCUGACAAGCAGUGCAGGGUUUUUAUCUUUAAUAAACUAUUAUGGUUCGCGUUCAUUGAAAAGUAAGAAUGAGUUAUAAAUUCAUAUGAAACAGUUCUUUAAAAGUGACGUCACGUCUUCAGUUUCACACUCAGGCACACUCUCACUACAAGCGUACUGAGUUAAAGCCCAAUGGAACCGCGCUCCAGAUCACCUCAUCCAACUGGGCCAGAGCCGGCAAACUGAACCAGCCCAGGUAAGACACAGAGCACUCACACUUGUCAAACGAACCAGGAAAUGGGGGUCAAAUGUGCCCAGGCAUGGUUCGGAUAGCCUAGUGCGAGUACACAGAAGAUUUCUCAAUAUUUAGAUUUUUUUUCUUUGAACGCUCAGAUUCUAGAUUGCAUAAAUUUCCAUUUCCAAAAAUGCUUAUGACACUGGUGGCCAGUAAGUGAACUGCAGCUAACAACAUUUAUUCGCAACAAAAAUGAGAGUUGUGAAAAAACAGCACUCAAGAAAACAUCUAAAUGUAGCCAUGUUAAUAUGUUUGUAUGAUCUCUGUCUGAUAUUCACCAGGAUUAUGCUGAUCGAUGAGGGAAUAAAAAUGACACUGUAUCAUUCCUUUUUUUUUUUUUUUUUUAGAAAACAACAGAGCUGUAUGUCACCUAAAUGUAUUUUCCCUUUCUAAGAAUUUGAGUUAGGCAUAGAAUUAAUCUUGAGGCCAGACUGACUUUCUACUGAUGGCAUUUUGCCAAUACAAUCGUCCCUCACUAAUCGCAGGAGUUACAUUCUAAAAAUAUCCCACAAUAGGUGAAAUCCGGGAAGAAGUCUGCUUCUUUUUUUUUUUUUUUUUUUACAAAUAUUAUAGAUAUUUUAAGGCUGUAAAACCCCUCACUACAAACUUUAUACACUUUUCUCAGACAUGCUUUACCAUUCACACUUUUCUCUUAUUUAAUCUUUCGUGUAACUUCUACCUUCCUUUAGCAUUCCUUUAGUCCAGAAGUACAACUUUUUGUGCGACAGUUAGCAUCUUCUGCCUUUUGCAGAAUGUUUCGUCGAAAUUAUGGGCUUGGUUGGGGGAAAAAACUAGCAAACAAAAAGUUCAGCACUUUAGAGUCUCACUGCAAGAAUCAAAGAUUUAUGUAAAUUUGGCAAGCUACUACAGAGGUGACAUGGCACAUAGUAGAUUGAUUAACAAUUGUCUACAGCCAAUCAGGACGCAGAACACAAUGUGCUGUAUAAAAAAAAGCAUGUCAAAUUGCACAAAAAAACCCCCCGCAAAACUGUGAGACCGCGAAAGGUGAACCAAGUUAUGGCGAGGGACCACUGUAUCUUUCUUAAGUGCUACAAAAUAAAAACAAAGCUUUAGCACAAAAACCCAGCAUAAUAUGAAGAGGAAUAAGGCAUGAAAAUAUGCAUCCAUUUCACCUUCUUCCUCAAAAACAAGUCUGCUUACGCACAGCCUCCUCCACAAAAUCCUCCUUCAGUUUCUCUUUUGCUGUGUCAUGCAUUUCAUUUGUAACGGCAGUUAGGAAAAAAAAAAUCACAGAUGUAUCCAACUUAGUGGCAGAUCUACCAUUUUAAUACAAGAAUAGCCAUUUUUUUGGAUACACAAUGUGAAGGAAAAACAUUCAGGAGCUCGGUUACACAAGUGACGACUGCCCAGUUGACUUUAACACUGAAUAAGCCCACUCCUCCAUCCACACCAGAUCAAUUUUCUUGAUGUGUUUUAUCCACCAGCACACACAGAAACGGAUGACACAAAAUAGCCCACCAAACUAGAGGACAGACAUUUUCCUCAGCGUUACCAAAUCAUAGACACAGUACAAAAAAAAAAAA